UGUAGUCUGUAUAGAAAUUAGGAUAGGUUUAACUAUCUUGGUAUGAUUAAUUUACUUCAAAAGUCGUAAUUAUUAAAAAAUCUUUGUGUUUUCAUAGAAAAAUCCCAAGUGAUUUUAAUAUGGGUGACGGACAAAGUGAAAAUCAGCCUCUAUUAAGAGAUGAGGAUGAGAAUGUCAGCACUAUCUCUCCAAUCGGGCCUGAUGAGCUACCACCGCCGUACCAGCAAGCUGGCCUACCGAUGGUCACUUGCCGGGUUUGUCAAGCAAUGAUUGAUAUAUCAGGAAAGAGGGAACAGCAUGUAGUAAAAUGCUCUGAAUGUAAUGAAGCCACACCAAUUCGAAAUGCUCCACCAGGCAAAAAGUAUGUACGCUGUCCCUGCAACUGCUUGCUCAUUUGCAAGUCCUCGUCGCAGCGCAUUGCAUGCCCACGAGCUGACUGUAAAAGGAUUAUAAACCUGGCACCUUCGCCUGUCACUCCACCGGUGCCCACAUUGCCUGGCAUGUGUAGGGUCAUCUGUGCUCAUUGCCAGGACACUUUUCUGUAUCAGCUGUUAAAGAAUGCUCCAGUGCGAUGCCCGCACUGUCGUAAGGUGUCAUCAGUUGGAGCUAAAAUGCGUCGAAUGAGGGGAAUUUUAUUCGCGGUACUGGCCUUAAUCGUACUGGCCAUAGCCCUGGGAGUCACAUUUGGUACCUGGUCAGCUGCUAAAAGCCACGGUGGCGGUGUUUAUGUGGCCUACGUUGGCGCUUUUGUCCUUGCAUUGUUAUUAGGAAGUCGCGCCAUCUAUUAUUUCGCUAUGAAAGUAAGUCACAUUGAAGGACCCAUGUAGACUACGAUAAUCUGACUUGUGAUAGACUUUACCAAUAUUUUAUUCCAUAUUGCAUUAUAUAUACAUUUAUUGCUGUUCAUCAGGAUUUAGGUUCUUUUGGAGUAUCUUAAUAGAGCACCACGUAAGGGGUUACGGAAUUUAUCGCAAAUCUAGAUAUUAACGAUGUAUGUAGUUUUAGCAAAUACUAUGACUAUUGGAGAGUUUUUGGUAGCCAUUUAGGUAGGUAAGCAUUCCGUUGUGUGAUUUUUUUAAUAAUGUAAUUUUAUAAGCUAUUAGCGAUCUAAAGUUGAGGUAGAUUUUAUACAUUGAUACAUAUAACCGCCUUCACAUUUAAUAUGACGUUUUUCUGCUUUUUUAGCGGAAAUUCAUUAUCGGAUUUGCUUGAAAUAAGCUGACAACGUAUUUACGGAAGAUAUUAAGUAGGCCUGUGAACUAAUAUUAUAUAAAUGUUGCACUGUUACAUCAGUUUCUAACAUUGUUGCCUUUUGAAUACUGAAAGGACAGUAAUAAACAGAGAUUUCGUGACAUAGAACAAAAAAUAAUCAAAUAAUCAACAAUCUCAAACAACUGAAUAGUGACCGACCCACCGAACCCGAACGACCCGAACACCAACAUAAAAGUAGGGAAUCUCCAGAACACAUUUGACAAUUGUAGGUGUCGCGUUAUAAAUUACAAAGCCUGAUAAUGAAGUGCAUUGUUAUAGAAAUUUUGGUUUAUGUACUAAACGUAUACUCAACCUAAUCAGUGACAAACCGCCUAAAACUAAAAUAAAAUUUAACUAAUUAAAUCUCUUUAACAUCCGUAUUAUCGACAACAAUUUGGUUCAGGACUCCACAGCAAAGUUUGUCUACAUGGGUCUGAUUAUAUCUUGUAGAUUCACAGAAUAAAAACAAUGACUUACUUGAAUCACAGUAUAAAAAUAAAAUUAUUGCAAUAUUAUAAAAUUCAUUCUACAAGUUGCUUGAAUCAUUUUCGUUAGACUAGAUUUAUGUCGAAUACAUGUAGGUAUAAAAUUAGUAAAUAUGUUAUGUUUAACAUAAAAUUAGGGUUGACACAUGUAUUUUAGAAAACUAACACAUAUAUCUAAAUUUGAUAACUGCUGUGAUUUAUUAUUGAUUUUUAUUAAUAUACCGUUUUAUAUUACUCAUUUAGCUUAAUUUACAGCAGUCAUCAAUCAAUCAAUUAUUUUUAAUUUUCAUAUAUGUAAUCUAGUUCUAUAAUAUGCUGUGUUAUGUCUUAUUUUGUGUGUCUGAGAUUAUAGAUAUAGGCUACCAAUGAACGGUGCUUUCGACAAUUGAUAAAAAAAUAAUGAUACUAAUCUAAAAUGGCGUUAAACAUGUUCUCGCUUGCACACUAUUCUCGUCUAUACUUCCAGCAGAUAGAUUCGUUAUAGCUACGUAUAAAGGGCCAGCGUAUAAGUUAUUGAAUAAAUGUAUACGCCAAUGAAAACACCGGCUUGAUAACAGUAACUCACAGAAGUAAACGGUAAUUUAAAAAAAAAACGUAUUCCCUGUAAUAUUAAAUGUAUCUCAUCAUGCAAUGCGUAUGCGCCAAGCAGUGUUCGUCUGUUAGCAUGUUAAAAAUAAUGACAUUGUGCGAAAUUAUUGAAAAAAAAUUGCUUUAAUGUUAGAUUCUACAAAUAGUACUGACUACGUCUGGAUUGACUUGCGUAACCCAUAGAAGUGGUUUCAACUUUGAUAAAACCACUUGGUAGUUGUCUAUGGCGUGUUAUCAUUAUCUGUAGUUUUAGCGCCUUGGAAUUUAUCAAUUUGGUGUGUAAUUUUUUUUUUAUUGUAUAAAGAAACCAAAUUGUCACGAUUGCGCCUAAACGAUUAAUCGCAGAUAAAGAUGACGAUGUAGUUAUCGUCUUAUUUUAAUGCAAUAGUUAUCAUUAGUUAAUUAGACCUUUGAAUCUUAUUUGGUUUUCUACAGGGUAUUUGUUUUAUUGAAAAAAAAAUUGUUGGUACAGUUUCGUUAAACCAUGUUCCAGAUUAUUUUAUCUGUUUAAAAACAAUCUUGCCAGUUUUGGUAUAGACAAUCAAUCAAAUAGUCUAUUCCAAAAAGAGGUUUGAAAUCUAUAGUGUGUGUACUUUACUCCGACUUCGGCUCAUGAUCUGUCAUACAUCUAGUACUCAGCACUUAUUAGUAGGUUGAAGCUCAGUCCACAUGCUAUAAAUUAACGUCCGAUUUCUAAAUCGUAUAGAGUCAUAGUUGUUAAAAAUGAACAAUUACAAAAUGUGUUUUCUAUACAAAAUCUAUUGUUUGUAACAAUUAUUGAAUUUGAAAAAUAAAAAAAAAACGGGCGUAUUCAAUGAUUUCAUUAGAGAAAUUUGAUAAUAUAGCUUCGCGAUACAAUACAAUUAAUAUAUAUAAAGACUGUUUUUGUGGCCAUGAGUAAUAUACGAAACACGCAUGAAAGUCAUACGAUUUGGUAUAAAUAACCUUAAGAUUGACUAUCUGGUAAAUGGAAGACUAUGUUCGGAAUUUCUUUAUACUCGUCCUAAAUUUAGUCAUUUUAAAGUUUAUUUUUAUAUUAUUUUAAUUACUUGGAUGUUAUUUUUUAAAUUGUAAAGUUUAGUUCACUAUAGUUUAAUUGUAUUUUUUUAAAAUUUAUAGUUGUGUAUCUAUUUAGCCUUAAGUACAAUUGGUAUCUAAAUAACCUGUCAAUAUAAACUUUCAAGUAUUUACAAAGAUCUAUAAAUAAUGUUUAUUAGUGUGUAAUCUUUCCGUAAACGGUUGAAAUGAAAUGAACUUCUGAAAUAAUAAGUGUUUAAUUUAUAAUUUUCUUACAAUGAAUGGAGGUUUUUAUAAAUGUAAAAUAUACAGUUAUUAUAUAUGUGUUGGCGUACUGGAUUGAGCGUGCGCCUCACUACCCUGAAGUCAUCAGUUCUUUCGAUGUACCCACUUUAAGCUCGCUCGUACAAUGAAAGAAUACAUCGUGAGAAAACUAACAAGCCUUAGACCCAAAAAUAGUCAGCGUGUGUCAGGCACCGAAGGUUGAUCACUAACUGACGCUUAGACCUAAACGAUUGUAGCGCCACUGGUUCAAUUAACUUUAUAUUAUUCAUUUUAACUUUUAAUCACAUUUUUACUCAGCUUAUAAUGUAAAGCAGUUAAAACAAUCGUGGUUUUCAUUUUGAUUAUUGGACAGCGUCAUUGUUGUCACAACUACGACGUGUCGUAAGUUUUAAAACGCAACGUUAAAUCAUAAGUUCACAAUCAAGCUACACUAUCAGUCGUUUCGUUUGUAACUGUAUGUUCUAACCGCCGCCUUACACGAACCACUUAAAUUAUCGUGUAUUUAAUGACAAUAACAAUUUUUAUAUGUACGUACAUGAUGCACCCUAUCAUAUAUAUACAAUAUAUGUUGCA